AUGGGGAACUUUACCUCAGCGAACCCGCAGUAUUCAGUGCUUCCAGUGGAUCAGCAAGAACACAUUCGCAUCGCUGAACUAACAGCGUCAAGCCUCAGUGUUGUUGGCUCUGGGUCUAUAAUUGCUGCUGUCAUAUUUAAAAGGAAAAUUCUAAACCCCGAGGUGUACCCGUUGUUUCAUCUCUCCUUGGCCGACCUCCUUGCCUCUAUAUCUGUCAUCUUAAGUCUCAUCUUCUUUGGAAAGGAUCCAGACUCAGACCGGACGGACCAAUCCCCGGCUUGCGCAUGGACCGCAAGUCUGGCAUGGGGGUUUUACCUGAGUACUUUCCUGCUAACGUUAAUUUACUCCUUUGAGGCAUACAGAAGAACAAAAGAACAGCUGGCGCAGCUGGUGUCACCACACUACAGCAAAGAGCCUACAUACAGCUGUACGCCUUGGUACCUACCCGUAGCGUAUACAAUAGCCUGGACAAUGCCUAUGUUAUCAGUCGGCAUAUACCAUGCUACACAGCAGAUGCCAGUCCAGGUUUUAAAACCCUUAUGUACGAGAUAUAACUAUGAAUGUCUUGUGAUUUUCCAUCGUAAAAAUGACCCCUGUCUAGACAGGAGUGAUGUAGGUGUAGGAGGCCGACUGGCAAUGAAGUCGUUUUUCAUUACGACGUUCUUCCUCUGCAGCAUCGGUAUAGUAGUGUUUUAUUUCCUGACGCACAAGGCAGUUACAAAGAGCCAACAAUCCUUUGGUGUUGUCAGCCACAAGCAGUAUGAAGCAGCCAAAAGAAUUCGCAACCGUGGAAUCCUAUACUGUGUGGUCUUCGUUAUAUGCUGGUUACCAGCCUCAAUUGUCGGCAUCAUCACCUACACAGAAGUCGCCAAGACAGAGAACCUGAUCGUUCUCUUCAUGUUGCAAGGCUGCAUAGCCAACCUCCAGGGGUUCCUCAACUGCCUCAUCUACGGCUGGAUACGAGGUGGAUUCAAGAGCGCCCUCAACAUGUACAACGUGAGAGGCAGCCGACAGUCGUUCAGUUACAGGAAGAAGAAGACGCACAGACCGUCUUUCAUGGGCUACCAGACCUUCGGCGUGUUCUCGUCAGAGGAAUAUGACACUCUGAGUGAUCCGGAAAUAAAUAAGUCACGGAGGCCGUCGACCCCUGGAGUGGCUAUUGAUGUUAUGUAG